AUUCAGAGAGCCGGCCUCACCGUCCAAAGCCACUGCGUGCAGGGUCACCCCUGGGCUGGGGUCCCUCCAGAAGGCUGACAGGAAGAGGAGGAAGGCCAGGGAGAGGCUGCUAGGAGCAGGUGUGUGUGACGAGCACAAGAGGCUGCCCCGGGCUCGGCCUGCGCUGGCUUCCUCCCCGCCUCGGGGUCCUUGGUCCUCUCUGCACCUCAGGAGCAGCUGGGCCCCCGGGUCCCAGGGCGGUGCCCAGGACUGCCGUGCGCCUCCGGCCCCCCAGCAGCCCCUGCUGGGCCGGGAGCGGAUUCCAGCGUGGCAGCACUGGAGGACCACUGGGUUCCCAGCGACCGUUAGGCUUCCUGGCCGAUUUUUCUCUCUUCUAGCUGUAGAUGGGGAGCAGCCUUCCGGGGACACAGUGGUGGGGCUGGGUCCACCAGGGACUUCCAACGGGGGUGAGCGAGGCUCUGGCCGGGCAUUUCAUCCUCACAGCGGCCCAGGGUUGGGGGAAACAAGUUGGAGGACGUGUGUCUUGGACACGCAAGCCAGUGGCAUUCUGAUGCCAGGCCCGGAGCGGUCGGGCGCCCCAGGUCAAGUGCCUGGUGUCCCACGCGGUCUCGGCCAGCACUUGUUGAGAGGCUGGUAAUUCCCGGUGGAGCUGGUCUCGGCCUCGGUCCUGGCGGGGACCAGCCGUGGACUUUGGAUGUGGCCCCGCACGGCUCAUGCCCCCCGGGGGCGCAGGGCCCUGCGCGAGCCCUGCCCAGACCCGGCUGCAUGGGGACGGGGGGCAGCUGUUGGGUGAGCAGCUCUGUGCCCUCCCAGGGGGACGUGGCUUCUGUGAGCCUCUGUGUCCCCAUCUGCGAAGUGGGGGGCCAGUCUGCAUUCCUGGGAAGCAUGGAGCUAAUGCCAACGGACAAGGGCACCAGGAGCUUGGUGGCUGCUACCUGGUCUGCGAUGUGAACGGCAGCGUGUGUCCAGCUGUCCCCUCCACGCUGAGAAUCACGGCAGCAGCAUCCACAACGGGGUCAUCGCUGUCUUCCAGCGCAAGGGGCUGCCUGACCAGGAACUCUUCAGCCUCAACGAGGGCGUCCGGCAGCUGCUGAAGACAGAGCUGGGGUCCUUCUUCACCGAGUACCUGCAGAACCAGCUGCUGACGAAAGGCAUGGUGAUCCUGCGGGACAAGAUCCGCUUCUAUGAGGGACAGAAGCUGCUGGACUCACUGGCGGAGACGUGGGACUUUUUCUUCAGUGACGUGCUGCCCACGCUGCAGGCCAUUUUCUACCCGGUGCAGGGCAAGGAGCCGUCCGUGCGCCAGCUGGCCCUGCUGCACUUCCGGAACGCCAUCACCCUGAGCGUGAAGCUGGAGGAUGCGCUGGCCCGCACCCACGCCCGCGUGCCCCCUGCCAUCGUGCAGAUGCUGCUGGUGCUGCAGGGGGUGCACGAGUCCCGGGGCGUGACCAAGGACUACUUGCGCCUGGAGACGCUGAUCCAGAAGGUGGUGUCGCCCUACCUCGGCACCUACGGCCUCUACUCCGGCGAGGGCCCCUUCACACAUUCCUGCAUCCUGGAGAAGCACUUCCUGCGCCGCUCCCGCUCGGGGGAUGUCCUGGCCAAGAACCCGGUGGUGCGCUCCAAGAGCUACAACACCCCACUGCUGAACCCCGUGGCAGAGCACGAGGCCGAGGGAGCAGCACCCGGCGGCCCCGGCAUCCGCAGGCACUCGGUCUCGGAGAUGACAUCCUGUCCCGAGCCCCAGGGCUUCUCCGACACACCUGGCCAGGCUCCCCCUGGGGCCUUCAGACCGUCUGCGGGCCCGCAGUCGGGGCUAUGCCCCAGCAGACUCUAUCCCCCCACCCAGCCCCCCGAGCCUGGCCCAGGUGCUGCCCGCCCCUCCCCACCCUCUUCCAGUCCAGAGAACCUGGUGGACCAGAUCUUGGAGUCCGUGGACUCAGAUUCGGAAGGGAUCUUCAUUGACUUUGGCCGGGCCCGGGGCUCAGGCACAUCGGAGUUUGAGGGGGCCGGGGGUCGGCAGAGCAUCGUGUGACAGCCUCGAGUUUCUACUGACCGUGUGUGUGCCUGUGGGGUGCGUGUGUGCAAGAGUUUUUUUACUCUGUCCCAUGUGGUCGGCUGUGGGCCCUGGCCACCUUGCCGUUCCUGAGUCUUGGAUGGAAAAAGUGUCACCACCCGAGCCCCCGGCCCUGCUCCGUUCUGGGUGUUGGCCCCUCCACCACCCCACGCGGGUCACCAGGCGCACCGGUCAGCCCUGUGGGCACCAAACAGACCUGGCCACCCACCCCCGGCCUGCCGCAGCCCGCCAGCGUCCACACCCACGGAGACUGAGUCCUGUGGCUCAGCCAGGCGUCCGGAACGAUCCCCAGGGCAAUGGGGGUCGGUAGCACAUCCGCCUUCCCCCUUCCCACUCACCUCAGGCCAUGGCGUGACCUCCUGUCUGACCCUGUUCCAGGCCCUCCUUGCAGCCUGUCCUCACUCUGCCCAGGGCAGCUGGGGGGCAGGAAGGGGAUGGAAUAAAGCUGUCUGCCCCGA